AUGAUCCUCGGCCGCGAGACCCCCGACGUCAACGACCACUACGUCUUCCACAACGAGCUCGGCAAGGGCCAGUUCGGCACCACAUACCUCGUCUCCCACAAGACGACCAAGCGCGAAGCCGCGUGCAAGGCGAUCGCGAAGCGAAAGCUGGUGAGCGCUGAGGACAUCGAGGACGUGCGCCGCGAGAUCAGCAUCCUCCACCACCUCGGCGAUCACCCGAACGUCGUCGAGCUCAUCGACGCCUACGAGGGCAGCAAGCACAUCUAUAUCGUCAUGGAGCUGUGCAAGGGCGGCGAGCUCUUCGACCGCAUCGUCGCCAGGGGGCACUACUCCGAGAAGGACGCGGCGACCAUCUUCCGAACGAUGAUGCGAACCGUCGCGCACUGCCACAACCUGGGCGUCAUCCACCGCGAUUUGAAGCCCGAGAACUUCGUGCUGAAGACGACGGAACCGGACGCGGCGAUCAAGGCUAUCGAUUUCGGCCUGUCGACCUACUUCGAGCCCCAGCAGCACUUUCACGACAUCGUGGGCUCCGCCUACUACGUCGCGCCGGAGGUUUUGAAGCGCAACUACAGCAACGAGGCGGACAUCUGGAGCGCGGGGGUGAUCCUGUACAUCCUCCUCGCGGGUGUGCCGCCGUUCUGGGCGCAGUCCGAGCAGGCCAUCUUCGACGAGGUUCUCAAGGGUAAGUACGAUCUGAGAUCGGAUCCCUGGGACAAGAUCUCUGAGGGAGCCAAGGACGUGGUGCGCAAGAUGCUGGUGUCCGACCCGAAGCAGCGCGCCACCGCGCAGGAGGUGCUGAAUCACCCGUGGGUUCGGGAGGACGGCGACGCGAGCGACGCACAGCUCGAGGACGUCGUCCUGUCCCGCAUGCGUAAGUUUGCGGCGAUGAACAAGUUCAAGAAGAUGGGAAUGCUCGCGGUGGCAAAGACUCUGAGUAAGGAGGAGAUCGCGGGCAUGAAGGAGGUGUUCCAGGCGUUCGACUCGGAUCGCAGCGGCACUGUCACCAUCUCAGAGCUCAUGGAGGGUCUCCGCAAGAAGGGCGUGGACAAGGCCGCCUCCGAGGUUGCGGAACUCGUCCAGUCGAUGGACAUGGACGGAAACGGCUCGCUGGAUUACGAGGAGUUCAUCGCCGCCACGCUGUCCACCGCCAAGAUGGAGAACGAGGAUAACCUGGCGCGGGCGUUCGCGUACUUCGAUAAGGACAACUCGGGGUACAUCUCGCGCCUCGAGGUUCAGAAGGUGAUCACGGAUUUCGGCCUCGACCGCGAGUUUGGCGACGUGAACGACUUCAUGGAGGCGGCGGAUACCAACAAGGACGGCAAGAUUGACUACGACGAGUUCCUCGCCGUCAUGACCGCGAAGGGGGUGUGA